AUGCCUCGUUCCGCAUUUCAUAUCGGCCCGAAGAAGUUGGUCGAGUCUCCCGCGCCGAAGCUCGAACCCGGCGAAUACCAUACAACAUCAAGCGCCUUACACGAUCUCGAGUUUACUGGUGACCUUCAGCCAUGGCCAGGCUUUUUGAGUGCUGUGCAGACCAUGCAUGAGAGCCACACCUGGCGGAAUGAGUGCCUAGGCCUAACACUUCGUACACGAGACCCCUACACCCACGGAAACAUUGUGGUUGGGGACGAGCAUGGUGUGCAAGGCCGCUUCCAUAAACACUUCGGCGACAUUCUCAACGCUAUCUUCAAAUCACAAUCAAAGAGCAUACGCUUCGCAGAUUUCAGAUGCGUACAGUCCACUUACAGCGGCAUACCUGAUGUGAUUUUGAAGGAUAAUAAUCACCAUUUGAAAGACGUUGGGGAGCUCAAGGUACCCUGGGUUCCCGAUCAUACCAUUGACGAUAAGAUCGACUUCGACAGGGACCUGAGGAAGAUACUCGCCCAACCGAUAAUGUACAUGCAGAACCUGGGGUGUGUCUAUGGAUUCCUCAGCAACUACAAAGAGACGAUCUUCCUCAGACAGCUCGUUGAUGACAAGGCUUGUGGAGGAUCGAGUAUUCUCCGGUGA